ACUGAGUUGAGGUCAGUGCUCACUGUCGUCUGUUCUCCACUUGGUUCUCUGCUGUGCUGUGGUGAAAAUGAAGCGCUCCCUGUGGAUAUGUGUGCUGAUCGGCUCUGCUCUCAUCGGGCUGGGAUCAGCCAUUCGUUGUUACAGCUGUAAAGAUUACACAGGAAGCUGCGCCAAACAACGAGACUGCAGCUACGACGAUGCCUGUCUGACCCUCAGCGAGAGAAGUGGGAUGACAUACCGUCAGUGUCUCAAGUAUUCCGACUGUGACUACAGUCGUUUGGCCCAGAUGUUUCCUCAGGUUUCCAGUUUCACAUUCAAGUGCUGCAACUCGGACCUUUGUAACUCCGCCCCCUCCUCUGCAGCGAGCUCUCUGAUUGGUCUGCUAGCCUCUGUGGGCAUCAUGUGGUGGUGCAUCCACUGAGGCAUUAACAGCGCCCCCCAGUGCCUGAAACACAAAGCAAACAUUACAACAGCAGCUUCUCUAACAGACACUCAUUCAUCACAUGCUCACAUUCACAUGUUCACUCGUUCAUGUUUCCUGUAAUAAAGUUUAACGAACCUGAAAAAAAACUGUCUGUAAAUGACUUCAGAUUAAAUAAAGUUUUACAAACCAGAAA